GUGGCGACAUCUAGUGGGAAGUUAAAUUCUCUUUUGCACUUUUUCAUCUUCAUCAUCUUUUUUCAUCCAUCUUUUUAUCAUCUUUCCCAUCAUCUUGAUACUUUUCACCUUUUACACUGUUCGUUAUCACUUAAUCACUAAUGUUUUCACCUAUUCUCAGGGUAAACUGAGACAAUUUUAUCUUAUACCUUUUUUCGUACAACAAAGUUGAAAGAAACAAAAAAUAUAAAUAAAAGUCCAUUGGAUAUAAAAAAAUAUUUACUUUUGAAGAAAAAGGAAAAAAAUUUGUUCUAAAUAACUUGAAGUACUUUAAUCAUCUGAACCACGAACAUAAUUGAACCUUAAUGUUUGCGUUUUUAAUAUUUUAUUUUGUUUUGUUUGACAUUUCGUUUGUCUUUGCUUUCCUACCUUUCGUAGCCAAAACCCUGGACAUGCAGGGAAUCAGUUUAACGGAUAAUCUGAUUGACCCGUUAACUGGUUCACUUUCCGUCUCGAAAUCGCCCGAUUUAUUGAGAAUCGAGCAAGUUAUCAUCGAGGAUAAAUUAAAUAAGUUAACAUGUGACCAAAUGAAAGGUUUAUCCAAAGGACAAAUGCAAUUGUGUCACCUUUACAAAGAUCAUAUGUCACAUAUUGGCAAAGGUGCGAGAUUGGGAGUAACUGAAUGCCAAUGGCAAUUUAAGAAUAGCCGAUGGAAUUGUUCAUUCGAUGAAUCAUCUGCAUUUGGAUCAAUUCUUAAUAAAGCAUCUCGUGAAUCGGCUUUCGCUCAUGCGAUAUCGACAGCCGGAGUGGUUCAUUCAAUUGCUCGAGCUUGUAGAGAUGGACAAUUACCCAAUUGUGGCUGCUCCAAAGCGAACAGACCUAAAAAUCUGAAAAAAGAUUGGCUUUGGGGAGGAUGUGGUGACAAUAUCGACUAUGGAUACAAAUUUUCCGAGACAUUUAUUGACCUGAAAGAGAAAGAAAAAUCAAAUUUGAAGUCACUUAAGGACAAAGGUCGACGAUUAAUGAAUCUACAUAACAAUGAAGUCGGACGAAGGGCAGUUAUAAAGAAAACACGAGUUACCUGUAAAUGUCAUGGAGUCUCUGGUUCCUGUUCAUUGAUAACUUGUUGGCAACAAUUAUCUUCAUUCAGAGAGGUUGGCGAUUAUUUGAAAGAAAAGUAUGAGAAAUCAACGGAGGUAAAGAUCAAUAAACGAGGUAAACUUCAGGUUCGAAAUAAGCGGCAAAAGUUACCCACGGCGGAAGAUUUGGUUCAUGUCGAUGGUUCACCCGAUUUUUGUAUGGACAAAACUGGUACAUUGGGAACUCAGGGGCGAGUUUGUAAUAAAACUUCCCGUGGUUCCGAUGGAUGUGAAUCCAUGUGUUGUGGACGAGGUUAUGACACUCAUUCGGCGAUGGUCAGUGAAAGGUGUAGAUGUCGAUUCCAUUGGUGUUGUUAUGUCCAAUGUGAUACUUGUCAAAUUGAAAAGGAGAUUCAAACGUGUAAAUGAUGAAGAAAAGAAAAGAAAAUGAUUUAAUCUGAUCGCAAUUAAAUCAAUAAUAUCUCACAAUCACUUCACCCUAUGGCCUUUUUUACAUCUACGAACUAAUUAAUCAAGUCAUAGUCUCUUUUGUCGUCAUCUUAAUCUGGAUUUUCAUGUUUUCCCCAAAUCCAAUCAUCCAUAUUAUCACCAUCACCAUCGCCAUUGCCAUCGCCAUCAUCAUCUACAUUUUAUGUUUCAAUUAUCAUGAACGUUUGACUGCCAAUAUUAACGAUGAAAAAUAAUCAUUAACAAAUCUGAUGGAUUAAACUAAUCCAACACUUUUAAUACUUGUGUUUAGUAAGAUUUUCUUGACAAGAUUAACUUUCUUUCAUAAGGAAGUUUAUUAGUUUGAACAAACUUUAUUAUGUAACAAUAUAUUUCUCUGUGAGGAUAAAGUGACAUCUCUUAGCACAAAAAUUAACGAAAAGCCAAAAUAAUAAAAACAAAGAAGCUUAAAAAAGUU